CACGUACUCUACCACACCUUCAAUAGGACAACGAUGGCGCAAUAGCGCUGGUGCUGAAGAGAGCAACAAUGGUGGACGCCCUGUACCUGAGGGUACACACAUGGAAUGUGUCUCAAAUGGCACCCUAUUCCCUAUAUAGUGCACUACUUUUGAACAGGUUCCAUAGGACUGUGGUCAACAGUAGUGCACUAUGUAGGGAAUAGGGUGCGAAUUUGGGACUCAGACAUGAUUAGUCACCCUGUUUCUAAAUGUAAGGGUGUGGAGGACUUUGCAUGUAUUGUUUCUUCUGUGUGUCUAGUUCUCAGAUAAUGUGUUACUCUGGCUGUCAGGUCAGGUGUUCUUCCUGCAGGCUUCCAGGGAGGUAACUUCUCUCCCUGUUUUACGUGCACCAAUCAGGUGUGCAUGGGUGGGGUUUUGUUUGUAGGCGAUAUAGACAGCUGUAUUCCGAUGCCUGUAACAUUUGUUGCCUCUCAGCGACAGGGAUUAUAUCAGAACUCGGUUAUUUACAGUCGGGUAAAUUCAAGCCUUGAUUGGAUGUUGUAAAUUGAAUCUUCCAAGUGGAUGCAGCUGGAAAAAACUUGGAAUCUACACUGUCUUAGAAGGUCUGUGUGCGGGUCAUGUUGUCCUCAGCCGAGGACUGACCUCACGUUGAACCCCCUUGGAGAUAUUAGAAGAGACACCAGAGGGCUGAAAACAUACAGGUGAGUUGGUGGCAGGUGUAUGACAUAUUAUCCAUCAUAGCUGAUCACAAACGUAUAGCAUGUUUACAUGACAGCUAUAUGAACAUGAUUUCCUAUAUUUUCUAUUAUUGACAGAAUUUUUAUGGUAUGAUUGAUUCUUUUUUCUCAAAACCAGUUUGGCCAUAUUGACAUACAGAACUGUAUCUUGCAGGUGAAACGUGAUCCUCCAGAUAUGGCAGCGCCUGUGAGAUUCCCUUGGUGGAGAGCAUUUGUGACAAGGAAGAGUAUUCCAACAACCCAAGAAUCUGGUGAGACCCAACCUUCUGAGGAGAAGAUGUCUCCUAUCUCCUCCAAAUCUACACCGGACUCAAAGGGAAACGAAACAUUUCCAGAUGCAGAAACCUUUGACGAUGCAGAGUUUGAGCCAAUGUUCAAUGAGAAAACUUGUAGACGGAAUCUCAAAGUGUCACGUUCUGGACGUUUUAAGGAGAACAGAAGAGUACGGGGGACCAUACCUGACAAUAACAACUUCAGUGGAAGUGUUGCUGCGACUGCUGUUGCCAAGUAGUCCAGGCUAUACCAUUACCAUUCUACCUGCCAGACUGCAACCUGUUAUGGAGCAUGGAGCAAUGAUGAUGAAAUUUGAAUACAUUUUGAGGCAUUUUUUAAAGAUAUAACUUUCAUAAAUGUUCAUCAAUUGUGCCUAUCACCAGGUAUACACCUAAUUCAUAAUAUGUUUAGGCCAAUGAAGGAUGGAUACGGAAUAGUUAUGAAGUAUCAAAUAAUUGUAAAGAAUGAUUUCAUAAUCAUUUUAUAGUGAAAUCGGGAAGUAGAUCCGUCCGGGACACAAACCAGGGUCCGGUAACUGUCAAGCCAUAGACCUUAAUGCCAAGAGUUCUGGGUUAAGGUUACUAUAUAUAUAUACCUUCCUUCAGGAGAGUGUCCCCACACUUCUCUAUACCAAGUCUCUCUCAUGUGUACACGCCUCUCCGAUGGCCUCAUAGGUACCAUCCCACUUCACUAGGUGUGGGUUAAGGUCUCCUACAAUAUUGAUUUUCAAGUAUGUUUUCAUAUUUCAUACACACACAGCCUAAAGCACAUGGUAUCUAAUGUUACAAAUAUAUCCAACCAGGGUAAAUUACUGAUUUUGUCAUUUGUUUGAAUUGCUUUUUGUGUGUUUGUUUUCUUGAUAUGAAGGACAUGACGGACUUGAGGUGGUUUGAUAUGAAGGACAAGAAGUGGUUUGAUAUGAAGGACAAGAGGUGGUUUGAUAUGAAGGACUAUAGGUGGUUUGAUAUGAAGGACAAGAGGUGGUUUGAUAUGAAGGACAAGAGGUGGUUUGAUAUGAAGGACAAGAGGUGGUUUGAUAUGAAGGACAAGAGGUGGUUUGAUAUGAAGGACAAGAGGUGGUUUGAUAUGAAGGACAAGAGGUGGUUUGAUAUGAAGGACAAGAGGUGGUUUGAUAUGAAGGACAAGAGGUGGUUUGAUAUGAAGGACAAGAGGUGGUUUGAUAUGAAGGACAAGAGGUGGUUUGAUAUGAAGGACAAGAGGUGGUUUGAUAUGAAGGACAAGAAGUGGUUUGAUAUGAAGGACUAUAGGUGGUUUGAUAUGAAGGACAAGAAGUGGUUUGAUAUGAAGGACAAGAGGUGGUUUGAUAUGAAGGACAAGAGGUGGUUUGAUAUGAAGGACAAGAGGUGGUUUGAUAUGAAGGACAAGAGGUGGUUUGAUAUGAAGGACAAGAGGUGGUUUGAUAUGAAGGACAAGAGGUGGUUUGAUAUGAAGGACAAGAGGUGGUUUGAUAUGAAGGACAAGAGGUGGUUUGAUAUGAAGGACAAGAGGUGGUUUGAUAUGAAGGACAAGAGGUGGUUUGAUAUGAAGGACAAGAGGUGGUUUGAUAUGAAGGACAAGAGGUGGUUUGAUAUGAAGGACUAGAGGUGGUUUGAUAUGAAGGACAUGACGGACUUGAGAUGGUUUGAUAUGAAGGACAAGAGGUGGUUUGAUAUGAAGGACAAGAGGUGGUUUGAUAUGAAGGACUAGAGGUGGUUUGAUAUGAAGGACUAGAGGUGGUUUGAUAUGAAGGACAAGAGGUGGUUUGAUAUGAAGGACAAGAGGUGGUUUGAUAUGAAGGACAAGAGGUAGUUUGAUAUGAAGGACAAGAGGUGGUUUGAUAUGAAGGACAAGAGGUGGUUUGAUAUGAAGGACAAGAGGUGGUUUGAUAUGAAGGACAAGAGGUGGUUUGAUAUGAAGGACAAGAGGUGGUUUGAUAUGAAGGACAAGAGGUAGUUUGAUAUGAAGGACAAGAGGUGGUUUGAUAUGAAGGACAAGAGGUAGUUUGAUAUGAAGGACAAGAGGUGGUUUGAUAUGAAGGACAAGAGGUAGUUUGAUAUGAAGGACAUGACGGACUUGAGGUGGUUUGAUAUGAAGGACAUGACGGACUUGAGGUGGUUUGAUAUGAAGGACUAGAGGUGGUUUGAUAUGAAGGACAUGAAGGACAAGAGGUGGUUUGAUAUGAAGGACAAGAGGUGGUUUGAUAUGAAGGACAAGAGGUGGUUUGAUAUGAAGGACAAGAGGUGGUUUGAUAUGAAGGACAUGACGGACUUGAGGUGGUUUGAUAUGAAGGACUAGAGGUGGUUUGAUAUGAAGGACAUGAAGGACAAGAGGUGGUUUGAUAUGAAGGACAAGAGGUGGUUUGAUAUGAAGGACUAGAGGUGGUUUGAUAUGAAGGACAUGAAGGACAAGAGGUGGUUUGAUAUGAAGGACAAGAGGUGGUUUGAUAUGAAGGACAAGAGGUGGUUUGAUAUGAAGGACAAGAGGUGGUUUGAUAUGAAGGACAAGAGGUGGUUUGAUAUGAAGGACAAGAGGUGGUUUGAUAUGAAGGACAAGAGGUAGUUUGAUAUGAAGGACAAGAGGUGGUUUGAUAUGAAGGACUUGAGGUGGUUUGAUAUGAAGGACAUGAGGUGGUUUGAUAUGAAGGACUCACAUACAACCAAACGUUAUUUAGAUCAUGCUGGAUUAAUCUGAUUCUGUUCAUACUGUCCUAGGCUACCUAUGUUCUAGUAUGCAUUAAUGCAGUGGUUCCCAACCAUUUUUUGGUUACUGUACCACCAACUGAAUUUUGCUCUGCCUGGAGUACCCCUGAAGUAGACAUGUGUAUUUUACCAGUAGACCUAUGGUCUCAUGAGUCUUCUCAAGUACCCCUGUGGAUAGACCAGGUACCCCCAGGGGUCCUAAUACCACUGGUUGGGAACCACUGCAGUAAUGAACUCUUACAGUGGAUGUGAAUGAAGGAUAUGCCAGCAUGUACAUUAGCUAGUGUUGAGGAGAUUUUAAGAUUAAAUUUAGUUGUUUACAUCACAUAAUAUUUUAAAUGUAAAAAGAACAAAACAUCUGCAUUUAGUAUAGCAAUGUACGUACACACACACUCACUCAGGAAUUACAUAUGACGUUAAUACACCUUUGUUACAUAUUUAUUGUGGAUAAUAUAUUUACUAUUUUGUCACGAUCUCAAAAUCUCUGUUUUGAAUGGACUAUGCCUACUGGCAUCAUUGUUUACAGUCUGCUAAAAGUUUACUUCAGAGAUGUAUAUGAAGAAAAAACAUCUACAAUAUUGUAAAUAAAUGUGUAAAUAUGUCA